GUGGCAUCUCAAACCGCCUGCGAGCGGUGCUUCACCGAACACGUCGAUCGGCGCUUCUCUCUCCUCAAGCAUGUAGUGAGCGGCGGCACCUCCGUUCAGCGCGCGGACUUUUUUGAGUUUCGUUCUUUUCUUUAGGUCCCUCGUUUGUUGGUGAGAGAGCUAGAGAUACUUCUCUUUUUUUUUUAUUUUCCUCCAUCAGAUAUCCUCGACGUGAACUGCUCCCAAAUCCAAUCUUCCUUCCCAACAGUUCCUCGCUUGCGUUCGGGUUCUUCCAAUCACCGUGAGAACGCGUAAAUUUAUUGCCCGCACCAGCGCGAGUCACUCGCUCGUGCCCUUCGCCGUAUCGAGACAAGAACGAGCCAAGAAAAAAAAAAGCCCGCUUACAACGCCGUGGGGACCUCGUCGAAGACGACCACUGGACCCUGGAGUUUUUCGGGAAUCUUCCCCAGAGGACAAGCCGGCGAAAUCGUUGACUGACGCGCCUUGCGGGCGCUCCGUGGUGUCGUCUUCACCGCGUCGCUUGUGUUCAUCCAAGCGUCACGCUUUCCCGCGCGACGCUUCCCGUCAUCGCGGGGAAUGUCGUGACUUCACGCGCGCCGCUCCUUCUUCACUUCGUGCUAGCUCGGCGUCGACAGCGCACGGCCGUACUUACGUACGCGUAAUGCCCUUCGACGAGGACGCUACUGCUUGGAAGCCUUGACAUACUACGAACGUCGUCCCAACAUCAAAAAACCCUCCCGAAACCAACAAGUGCACGUGUCCCUUGAGUGACCACCGCCGCCCCUCCAGCGCAUGUGAGACGCGGCAAACCCCAACGUCACUCCGUGAAUUGUGAACUCGUGCUUUGUUCUUGGUUCUCGGGGGGUGGGAGUGUUUUUGGUGCGUUGGAAAGGUGGGGUCUCUGGCCCCCGGGAGUGUUGUUUGUGCGGAAUGCAACCUCGCACCGUCGUUGUGUUCUGAGAGUCGUCUUAUCGUCGCACAGUCUCGCUGUGCCGGCGCGCGAUAAGCGGUAUCCAUCGUCCCCAGGUGAAGACAGCUUUCCAGGUCGCAGGAGGAGAAAAUGGGCUGCACGGGCACCAAACAGAGCAGCGAGUGCGAUGCGGUCGAGAAGGUUGAGGCCAUGGGCAACGCCGAAAGGGCGAUCAAGGCUGCCCUGCUCAUCCAACGCUGGUAUCGUCGCUACCUGGCCCGUCAGGAGAUUCGCAAGCGCUGCUCGUGGAAUAUAUUUCAAAGCCUCGAGUACGCCGGGGAACAGGAUCAAAUUAAGUUACACAAUUUCUUCCACGACCUCCUAACCCACCUCUCCAACGUGAAGCCCUCCGUAGCAGCAGCGAUAUCGAACAGCCCGGCGCAGUCUCUCAGGGGUCGUCCGAAGGAGCUGGAGAAGAGUGAGCUGGCCGAGCAGGAGCUGUGGCGCAACACGAACCCCGACGAAGUGGUCAUCGAGGAGGCGUACAGGGGUCCACACCUGCGGCUCCCGCUCACCACCAAUCAGGUGGACGCGCUCAUACAGGGCUUCAAGGACCGCAGGACACUGCACGCCCGGUACGUGCUGCUGGUGUUGCACGAGGCGCGUCGCUACCUGCAGACCAAGCCGAACGUGAGCGCCGCCUCGACGGCGUUCGCCAAGCAGAUCACCGUGGUGGGCGACUUGCACGGAAAGCUCGACGACCUGCUCACCGUCUUCUACAAGAACGGCCUACCCUCGAGGGAUAACCCGUACGUGUUCAAUGGGGACUUCGUGGACCGUGGCAUGCAUUCGGUCGAAGUGCUCAUGCUGCUGCUCGUCUGCAUGCUCGUAUGGAGGGACGCCGUCUUCCUCAACAGGGGAAACCACGAGGACUUCAAUGUCAACCUCAGGUAUGGAUUUCUCAAGGAAAUCAUGUUCAAGUACACACGGCAAGCCUCCAAGAUCGUGCAGCUUACCGAGGACCUGUACAGCUGGCUUCCCGUGGCGACACUCAUCGACAAUCGCGUAUUCGUCGUUCACGGGGGUGUCUCCUCCGUCACCGACCUCAAGAUCGUCUCCGCCAUCAACCGGCACCAGUUCGUGACGGUGCUGCAACCACCGCUUCACCACGGUAGCUACAACGCCAACGAAUGGAGGCAGCUGGUGGACCUACUGUGGAGCGACCCGCGGCCCCAGCCCGGUUGCCGCCCGAACGAGAUGCGUGGCGGCGGCAGCUUCUUCGGGCCGGACGUGACGCAGGCGUUUCUACGGAAACACAAGCUCGACUGGAUCAUCCGCUCCCACGAGUGCAAACCGGACGGAUUCGAGUACACGCACAACGGAAAGGUGCUGACUAUCUUCUCAGCGUCCAACUACUACGACAUCGGCAGCAACCGCGGUGCCUACGUCAAGCUAGUUGGCCCCAAGCUGGUCCCGCACACAGUCAUGUACGUCAGCACGGCGCAGACGAGGAAGGCCACCAUCCAGCAGAGGAGCGGCUACAUCGAGCACAGCGCUCUCAGGGAGCUCAAGCAGCACAUCUACGCCUGCCAGACGCCACUACGGGCCGAGUUCCAAAAGCACGAUCCAGAAGGAAAAGGUCAAGUGAGCCUGUCGGACUGGUGCACGGUGAUGGAGAACGUGGUGGGCCUGCACGUCACAUGGCGCAUACUGUGCCCCAAGAUCGCGCAGUGCGACCCCGUCACCGGAGGCAUCCUCUAUGAGUCCACCUUCGAUGAGUACGCGCUCACCAACAAGCUCACUCAGAAUGGCCCUACCUUUCUCGAGUCACUGUACAGAAACAAAGACAGCUUGGAAACAAUAUUUAGGAUUAUGGACAAAGAUGGCUCCGGGCUGAUCUCCAUGGAGGAGUUCAAGGACGCUUGCGACCUCCUUGCCAAGCACGCCAACACACCCAUGUCCGAAGAGCAGGUCGAAGAGCUGGCGAAGAGCAUUGACAUCAACAAGGACGGCUUCAUUGACUUCAAUGAGUUCCUCGAGGCAUUCCGACUCGUGGACAAGAGGCCGCUCACGCCGCCGGCCUCCAAGGAGAGCAACGGCACGCCGUGCAAUGGCGUGGCCAACGCCACCGCACCCGUGGCCACCAUUGACGAAGACGAGGACGUCGAGGAAGACGAGGACGAACAAGAGUCCUACUGCACUAAGCUCUGAGGCAACAGCGUGCAGUGUGUGGCCCAGGCAAUGCAUGGGACUAUCUUUCUUAGCAAGGGCACUCCAGGACUCUUCGUGACGCACAUUGUGCAUUCCUCUCGGCUGUUGCCGAACUUGGAACGAACGCUGGGCUGAUGUCACUGAAAGAACGCGACAAGUUUUGUUCAGUGCGGCAGUGUAAUGUUCGGAACAGAUAUUUUGCGACCCACAUCCCAUCGCUGGAGACGAUGCAGUCCCUUGCUAUGGGAAAUGUAGAAGCGAAGCCCCUGCUGAUAAAGGAGCUGGUACCACAGUAGAGAUACAAUAGAAAGGCCAGAAAAUUGCGCCUUGCUAAACGAGACUGUCACCUGCUAAACUGAGCUUAGGAUUGCCGGCAUCGCACUUGAACAAAAAUGGAAAUAUUGGUUUAACUCAUUCAGGUAGAGGAGUAGACAUUUACAUACCCGAAGUAUAAAAGCCGGACUUGACGUUUCUUAUUUAGCUGUCAGUCGGUUUAAAAAAAGUUAAAUACGUCAUGGCACAUUCCUAUCGGCUAUCUGAAGAUAUAUGCUUAGCAAGCUUCGAUUGUAUGGACUAGCGCUGUUCUUCAGCCAGUAAUUAGCUUACAGGGUGGUCUCUAGGUCCGGUAAACGUUGUGGUAAAGCAGCUUGUAACAUGAAUGAAGGUGCAAGAGAAGCAGCAACGUAUAGACGAACUCGCAGCUAGGUGUAUCCAGCUCAGUGAUGGAGGGAAUCCACCGGUAUUAAGUCAUGUGGCUGUGGAGUUGUCACACGCAUCCAUGCAGGAAAAUGUACUGUUCACACCUAAGUAAGCUCAAACUGCAAAUCGGUUCCUGACCCAUGUAGUGGUACAGUAAGACUGAGGCAAACUUUCAUGAUGUUUGCCAAGACAUUGCUAAAACAUUUCGCGUCAUUUGCUAAACAAACUUUCACGAGCUUGUUUUAGCGCUCAACAUGCUGCAGCUCACAGGAAAAUGUUUCUUUUUUUUUAGCAUUCCAUAAGUGUUGUCAAAGCAGGAGUGGCGAGGUCAAGAGAGAAUUCCGAAUUGUCGCUGUUACGGUUCUUAUCUUUGAGCUUGUAAUUAGUUCAAAGUACCUCACCUUCUCUCCUGCACCGCAGGGGUGGAGAGAGGGUGGCGUACUCUAGAAGAUACAGAAAUAUUACAAGGUAUUUCUCACUGCAGCAAAAUUUGCCUUGAAAUGUCACUUCACAGCGACACGGUUCAUGCUGCCGUAAAGCCACAUGCCAUGAAGCCACUUCUCAGGGCGAAAUUUGCAUAUAAAUCGCAUCCCAGUCUUACUGUUAAUUUUUUUUCUUUGGUAUGAACUAUACGCUUAAAUAUACGGUACUGUUCCUGCAGUAAAGCUUUUCAAGCAUGCUAUCGCUAUGACACAGAAACGUAGGGGUAUGCUUCAGUGGGUGUGACAAUUUGCCUUGCUAAAUAUGGCUAAAGCCAAUCAUGCAUUCUGGGUGCUCUGCUACAGUCCUUCAUACCUGUUAUUCGAUACAAAUAGCUCUUCGUCACCCUCGAGGCAUAAUAUAUAGCUCUUAUUUAAUACUCUCUCCUAUUUAUAUGAAACACUCAAGUGGUUCAAAAAUCAUUGCCCAGCUAAGUUUACCUUCAAGCAUUAACAGUUGCCACGUGCAAGGACACCCUAGAACUUUUGUUCUGCUAAAGGUAGAGAGACACAAUGUUGCUAGUUUUGCCAUGCUUAGGAACACCCGUUUUAUGGAACCUCUGUAACAAGUUUUGGCGACACACUAUGCAUUGGAUAUGUAUAAGAUACUUUGUGAGCUCAACAACACAUGUAGUGAAGUGGGAACAGAGCUUUAUGUUUGGAUGAGCUCCCAGCUGCAUUGAUGCUGCUGCUGGCUGAAGCUACAACUAUUGGUGUCACCUGUGAACACUGAACUUACGCUAAUGAACGCAUCUCGAAAAUGCACACAUGGUGAGCUAGACUGCUCGCAGAUAUCACUACGUUAAAUAAGCAUAAAUCAAAUAUAGUUACCUAUUUGGAGAACUCACCCUUUCUGUUUGUAUGUUAUCAACCAGGCAACCACAACAGGUGUUUCUUUCAUUCCAUCUCUUUAACAUCAGCAAUUCUUAAUUACGCUAAGUUCAAGUAGCUGCAAGAAGUCAACAUUUGUUUUCUCCUUCGGUAUUUUUGUUGUAUGCCACACGCACACCCAUCGAAUAGUGCCGUGACGGCAAAAUAUUAGAAAGAUUUUAAACCGCCAUGAGUUUUGCUAUCAUGAGUACAUAAGGAUUAUGCAGAACAUUGCGAGCAUGUGCCUACAUACAGGGUCAUAUAGGAGUCAUUCAAUUUGAUGAGUUGCUUCAUGGUGCCUGCAACAGGCACACAGAUGCCACAUGUUGUUUCAUAACAGUGCCCAACAUAAGAAACAUAAUAGGGGCACAUCUAAGUAAUGUGGGGAAAAGUUUGUUGUCAGGUCUUCCUGGCGCUCACCUGAUCAUAAUGCCAGCUCCAUUUAACAUAAGUGUGCUAACGUAUGCAGUGUCGUGCACACUCAUUCAAUUCACAAGAGCUGUUACCGCACCUUAGAAAUCCGCUCAAUGAGGCGUUGAAUGGCACGUCAAGAUAUUGAGACGCGGAACAAAGCAAGUUUCUGCACAUUCGCAAGGCUAAUGCUAAUGCGUUAAGCCUUUCACACUCACUCACGCACAACGUGAGUGUCAUUAACAUCGUUAUAUUGCGAUGCUACUCUGCUUCUCUCACCACAACUCAGCCAAGUAUGUUUCACCUAUCUCCAUUCUCACACUUGUGCCACUUAUCUCCUAUAUUCGAAUCAUACCAGAGAGACCCGCGAAAGUCAUCCCAUGAAUCUGUUUGUGUCACGCACAUGUACUAAUGCAGUUCAAAUGCCCCACAUCAAUCGCCAAAGCACACUUAACGCCGUUCUCACAACUUCACACUAAUUAUUGCUGAGACCUUGCACACUCUGCACUAAUCUAUAGCCGUGUUCCACGUCAACAUGCGUUUUCAUGCACACUUGUGCGCUGCAUUCUGUCUGAUGACCGUUGCCUGUGCUUGCUGUGCCCAUGUGUAUGUCUCUGUGCGUGUGCACACAUGUACGGUCCCUGCACUUAUACCAUGUCUUAUGAUUUCACCAGCUGGUUUGAAACGGUGGUCCAGAGACUGAAAUAGAAGGCGAUGUCGUAUAGAACCUCUUACAUCGCCUCAGGGUCCAACUUGCUGCCGAGCUCUACUCGAGAUUCCCGUUUGCGCAUUGCGCUGCCCUUUCUGUCAUACGAGGAUGGAUGAACACUGGCCAUAAGACCACCGGAUGGUUCUGUAACUCAUUACCAGGCAUGCUGACAAAGAGACCUUUUGUAACGAUGAAGUAAGGUGAGUGGACGAGUAACUAACUGAGUGGAGGAGUAAUGACUAUUUGCCAAAUAGGGGCACAUUAAAAAUACAGUCAGCUUCAUUCCAAGCUUAAUGCUGAGCAGAACAGCAAUAUUUUAUCAAGGCGAACUGUCAUUCUGCCUAGUUAAGUGAUUUUAAAUAUCUUUAACAUAGGAUAUCUGGCCUCCCAUUACAAGGAACAUCCGCUGGUUUUGCCCUGAUGUGUGUGCAUUCAUUUUGACAUUCGUACAUGCGCUUAAGAUGACCUGAUAAACACAAUUUAUCUCCCAAGCAGAGCAGCCCGCACGGCUUCUAAGAUUUAAUGGUUUGCGGUUUCUAGGCAUCACAUGCAUACAGUCAGGAUGCUUUAUCUCUGUGGAAAUGAGAUUUCUUAAAGAUAGGCAAUUCACCUAAAAAAAAUUAGGUAACCAUGAAAUAGAUGCAGAGCUUUUUCUUUUACAGAUAGACAACUGGGUGCAUAUUGACAUACAAAUUACGUGUGCAUGCACUUAAUGCCGUUGGCUCAGGAUAACAGUUUCCUAGACUCAGAUUCAAAGGUUUCGUGAACAAAUAAAAAAUGCCAAAUUAUUGCCAAUGAAAAGGACACUUGUUAUAAUUGCUGCUGCUGGAGUUGUGUUCGAAACUUCCUGCUUCUAUUAAAUUUUGCCUCCUGAGUAACCUGUACACAAACCAGUAGAUUACACACAAAUAUCUAGUUAGGUGUAAGUUUUUAACGGAUACUUAGUGAUGACAGAACUGACAUGCCUAGCUAAUCGAACACACUUAGCUAUUGCAAUCUGGAGACAAAUGCUGUACCCUUUGUUCGAGUUAGCAGCAGCAAAAGAAAUACAAAAACUUCGCAAUGAAAAAGACUUAAUUUUUUAGUUGGUUUUGCUUCUACUUCCUUAUUUCAAUAAGUUUCUAGUCCCUAUCAACUUGCUGCAAAUGCACUCCAGAUUUAUGCACUGACAUCAAAUGGAAGCUGUUGCUCAGCGAAAAAAAAAUGACAUGCCCGGUCGGUUGUUCGUUGGUUUUGAACCCUGUUCCUGCAGUAUAGAAGCAUGAUUCUCAGGUCACAAAUUCAUGCCUCAAAUUCCAGCAAGGCCCUUUUGGCAUUUCUUAACAGAAGACAUAAGGUGAAACAUUAACGAACUGUGCACAAGAAUUCAUUUUUCAAACAAAGGCUGUCAGGGCUGCUGCUGCUGCGUGAAUCUCGUGUUCUGUGACCGUAUCCUUUGUUGAAAUUUGAUAGUACUAGGCUCCAUUAUACUCUGUCACAGCACUCCUCAUGGUAUAAUGUAGCUUCUUUAGGUGUUGCCUUGUUUUGUACCAUUGCAAUUACACAGAUGAACUUGCAUGUUUUUGACAGUGUGUGUCAUGGCGUAUAUUAUAGCAUACGCCAUUAUUUUCACUGUGCUGUUCUGUACUGUUGUUCCUUGUUCAACAUGCGCUACCUCUGUAGCUGCGCCAUCUAAUGCUACCAAUGCAACAAAACCGGUGCUCCUCAGCGGGACACCUGUUCGUUUUUGACUGUUCCCGAGAUUUGUGCUGUUAUAUCUUGUGUAUGAUAUGAAAAGUCCCACAUAUAACCUACCUGUUAGAUUACCAGCCUAUAGUGUUUAGCUACCCCGAAACAUAGAUUGCAUAAGUGUGCUAAGUUAAACAGCCAGAUGUUUUCUUUACUAAUGACUGCGUGCCAAGUUGUGUGCAUAGUUCGGGCUUCAGAAUGCGGCUUGUUCUUUGGAGACACACCGAUGGAACGAGGCUGCAUCCUUUUGCCUUCGUACUUCAGGAAUGUUUGCAAUCCAGUCAAGUUAGAAAUCAAGUCGUAGAAAAGUCACUCGUUGCAUACUUGCUGAACUGUGCUAUUUGAACACUCGCCUUAUUGCUGUCAUUCGGAAUGAGCCCUAUGAGCUAAAGUGUCACAGGUCGCAGUUGCAUGUGCUAGUUACGUCUAUUUGUAUAUGCACAUAUACUAUCCACAACUCUUCUACAACACUGUUUCAAGAAAUAGGUAUUUAGCCUUUUCUACACAUUGGUUAGAACAGGUGAUUAUUUUGCUUUUGCUCCUGUACAGAUGUCCAUUAAUCUAAGAAUCUAAGUGCAUGGCUACAGACAGUAAACAUGCGUGCAUUGCACUUCGUCCUAUCUUCUCAUUCUUCUUGCCUCCUAUGGCUUGUCCUCAAAUAUUAACUCAUUCCAACUUGUAAAGCAACCAAUUGUACUGCUAAUGUUACAAUUUGACGAAAAUCCUGAGUUCCGGAAGAGCUGUGUUUUAAUUAGGAGCAUUCACUGGUAUUGAGCACACAUUUCCGCCUUAAAUUGGAUUGAGACCUGUACACACACUUUCAUCAUAGGUAGUAAUGUUGGAUGUAGAUGCCAUAAAGAAUUAAAUGCGAGUUGGAGAAGCCCUUGAAACUACAAACGAACUUGUUCCACGAACACUGACAACACAGUAUCGGUCAAAAGUAUACAGGUCACUGCAAAUCAUUGAGAGCAUAAAAAUUGAGUAAAUUCAGAAUUUUCAGUUCGGACAGUGUGUGCACUUGUGGGCUCACAGUGGUGUCUGUAGGAUGUCUAGACUAUGCACAGACAGCAGUAAACCUAUACCAGUGACAGUUUGACCAUAAGAUAGCUGUAGACAGUGUGCCAACUGUCUCAAUGUGUUCUCAUAAAAGUGGUUAUGCUCUUGUUAUGCUGUUAAACUUGUCCUCCUCCCUCUCCUUCAUAUUACUAUAUGAGGAUCAUGAACCCGGAGUUCCCCACAAUGUUCGGUGCACCACAGCAAUACUCCACUACACUCUCUGGAGGUUGUUUCACUCAAGAGUGGAGUGACCCGCACACUUUUGACAGAGACAGCACACCGCUUAUGGCCUGUUGAACCAAAGGAGAGAACAUGCUCAAAGCUAGCCAGGAUCGGAUAGCAAGGUUGCCCAGUCGAGUGGAGUGCUACUUUGCACUGAUAAUCGCUGUGCUGGACCGACAAUGCCAAAGGCUGAAGCCUGAAAGCGGGCUAGUGCAUCCUCAUUCGCUUCUUUCAUUCACUGCUCUCACCUGGUUGGUCAUGGCCACGAUUACCCCAGCAAAUGGCAAGGAUGUAUGCAGAUUAGGAAUUGCUCUAUACUUAAUGUAAGCGUCGCCUGCCACAUUAGUUCAGGGCACAAGUUGGGCUUUGGUCAUACCUGUGUAGGCCUUUUUGAAGGCAUGACUAUCUUAUACACACAGUAAAAUGUGCCAGUAUUGACCAAGCUAAAGGCACCUUGCAUAUUUUCUUUUAUCCCAGAAUGCCUUCUGGGACUCUCAUUUAGGAAACACCAUAGUGACGUUUCAAAAUUGCUUGAAGAAUGUACUACAUAAUGUCAGAAAAAAAAAAUGAAGUCAGUGAUAUAUGCAUGUUUGAUGCACCUCUUCAACAAAAUGGUUCUACCAAAUAUCGCGUUAAUUACAUGUCUCGGGCCAAAGCUAGGUGUUUUUCUGCUUAUAAGUGCAUACAUUAUUGCUGUUGCUCGCAGUCUGUGAGUUGCUCGUAGCAGACCAGAAAACACAAAUGUACUUGUAUUGUCUGGUUCUCUUCUCUCAUGCCUGUGUUUGAGCGCCUUGCUUUCUUUCACGACGAAUGCCUACCAUCCAGCUCAACCUGCUGCAAUUAUAAUUCUCUCCACUUAGCGUGUUGCUAUGUGCACAGUUCUUUAGGAAUAGUCAAGGAUUAAAAGAGUAAGAAACUAGUAGCCUAUAUAAGACACUCUUGCAUCAGGAUCAAAGAAAUGUCAUAAAGAAACUUUGUAAUCAACUUGCUACUAGGUGGCGUACAUAACGCUACCUGUUCAUUUUCCUUGUCUAAUACUAAGCAGUUUUUUGGAAUUAUGGCAAAAUGUUGAAGUGAAACUCCCUUUUGGUGCUCUUCUGCGAGCCUCUCGAAUCUUCAACAAAUGUAGCAACUCUAGUCACCAGCUGUCACACGAUGAAACCUGAGCCAACGCAUGUUGCCGUAACGCUGUUUCUUUCAUACCUACUUGCUGAACUGCACUUCAGUCUUGCACGGCCAGCUGCUCUUCGCAAAAGCGAUAUCCGGACCAUUAGUGUGAAUCAGUAGACACCCAGAUGGAUGUCUAUAAAAUAAAGGAAGAUGGGGUACUAGGAGGGCUAAAAUGCUUGUUUCAAUAAAAACAUGGACAUGACCCACAGCUCUUGGACAUAAGCUUUCUUUAAAAAAAAGGCAAUUGUUGCUAAUACUGCAACAUGUGCCAAAGGGGCACGACAUUAAUUUGUAAGGAGAGCUGUGAAUCAAUAUUGCUUUUCUGCUCUCUGUUUUUGUUAACCCAAGUGCGAAAGCACCAGUUUAAUAGUGAACUAAAGCACAAUGGCUGUGGCAAGUCCCAUGUGCACAGGACCGCCAGAAGCACGGAGAGGGUGCCGUGAUGCGACACAAAUGUGUGCGACCCAAGUUUCCUGCUGUGUGUAUAUCACUGUGUACAUACAUCUCCCAAUGUUAAGCCAGUAAAGUGAUACUGUGGUAUGCACUAUAUGCACCCACGCCCAGCACAAAGAUAAUAAACUUGUUAUUUAAGCAUAAA